GUUUUGGUUCUCACCAUGGCCAUCACUCAGUUUCGGUUAUUUAAAGUUUGUACCUGCCUAGCAACAGUGUUCUCCUUCCUAAAGAGACUAAUAUGCAGAUCUGGCAGAGGAAGGAAAUUAAGUGGAGACCAAAUAACUCUGCCCACCUCAGUUGAUUAUUCAUCUGUCCAACACAACAAAAUUCUCUGGAACAACUGGAAAAUGACUAUUUAAAGAACAUGACACCAACCAUAAGGAAAACUCAGAAAAUUGUCAUUAAGAAGAGAGAACCAUUGAAUUUUGGUAUCCCCGAUGGUAACACGGGUUUUUCCAGUAGAUUGGCGGCCACACAAGACAUGCCUUUCAUUCAUCAAUCAUCAGAAUUAGGAGACUUAGAUACCUGGCAAGAAAAUACCAACGCGUGGGAAGAGGAAGAAGAUGCAGCCUGGCAAGCGGAAGAAGUUCUGAGGCAGCAGAAGAUGGCAGACAGAGAAAAGAGAGCAGCAGAGCAACAAAGGAGGAAAAUGGAGAAGGAAGCCCAGCGUCUGAUGAAGAAGCAGCAAAACAAAAUGGGUGUGACACCAGGAUUCUCCCACAAUACCUUGUACUGAUAGUAAUCAAGACUCAAAACACAAAUCAGUGAGACAACUAUUUUCUUCAACAUGUUCCAAAUAUCAGACAGUUGUUUGCUGUAUCGAAGUUACUUCAAGUGGAAUAUUCCAGACCAGUACCUCUCCAGCUAGUGUUCCUAGCUGAAUAAAUUGGGUGUAAAUAAUUUUAUGGUAGAAGAGUUCUCUGCUAUCUAUUACACUCUCAUUCAUUGUGCAUAAUUAUAAAGUAAUUUUAAUAGCCUUUGUUUCCAUGAUCACUUGACAUAAAUUAAACAAAGUGUUAGGGGGGCUUUAUACCCUCCUUAAUUUUGUUGGCAGGUAGUGUUGACAUACAUUUUCUAUAAUUUGAACUGGCAUUGUGUGGUACAACAUUAAGGAAUAUGAUGAUUUGGAUUCUCAAGAAAAUAACAUUAAAUGCAAUAAUUUUAUUUAUCAAAUACUUUGUAUAUCUUUGUUUUCUUUUGGAUGGUAUUGUAAUGUUAUACAGCUUCUUAAUUUAUAUUGCAUGUAUAAAUGUUGAAAAUCAGCUGCAAUGACAAGUUUGUGUGACUGAAAAGCUGGGAUUAAUAGCUUUUCCCUUUCAUUACAGAUGUCAGGGUGUUAACAGUCUUUGAGGACCAUAGUCCUUCCUCCUCCUUAAAAGCCAUUGCUUUUUAAAUGCAGAAAGCCUUCAGUUUUAAUUGAUGUUUUUUUUAAGUGACUCUGGAAGAUUUCUCUGGUUUUUUAAUAUUUACACAAUGCAGGGAACCUAUACUUUGAGCUACAUAACAUUACUGAUUCAUUACAAACCAAGUUAUAAAUAUUUUGUUUGUGCUAUUGAUGGACUUGUCUAAAGAAGUAAUUGCAUACUGUGUUUUAUGGGGGAAAAUCAUAUCUCAGAGUUUUAAAAUACCAUUAAAUUUUAUCCACAAUUGAAAUAUAA